AUGGUAUCGACUAUUAUCCGGGACAGGCAGUUGAGGCACAACCAACUGGCCUAUCGGACAUCAUUACCACCGAAACCCCGAUACGAUUAUAUAGUAGUCGGUGCCGGCAGUGCCGGUGCUAUUGUCUCGUGUCGUCUAAGCCAAUGGGGUUGGGAUGUACUGCUACUGGAAGCUGGCGGACCACCCGAUGCUCUGGUAGACGAUAUACCGGCUCCGGGAUUGCAAACCAGUGAUAGUAAUCUAUGGCACUAUCAGUUGGUACGGCAAAAUUUUUCUGGCCAUUCCUAUCUGAAUAAUGGCCAACAAAUUGAGAUCAGGGGUCGCGUAUUAGGCGGUUCAUCAACUAUUAACGGAAUGUUUUAUAAUAGAGGUAAUCGUAAAUUUUAUGACACUAUAGCCACAAAAUACGGUGCCAUUGGUUGGGAUUACGCAAGUGUUUUGCCAGUAUUUAAACUAAUGGAAAACAAUACCGACCCCCGGGUUAUGGAUGAAUAUCACGGCCGUCAGGGACCGGUAGGUGUGUCCACACCGGAUGAACCGUUUCCUAUAUAUUUGAAACAAGCCGAGGCUGCCCGUGAAUGGGGACUCGGGUAUACGGAUAUCAAUGGCCCAAAUCAAACUGGGUUUACAAUUGUACAGUCGACUAAUGCCCGGGGUUUGAGAUCAUCGACUACCAGUGCCUAUUUGGAAAGUGGUUUAUGUCCCCAGUUGACUAUUGUUACCGGUGCCCAGGUAUCCAAAGUAAUAAUCAAAUCGGACAAUAAUAAUAAUAAUGGUAAUACACCUCGGGCACAGGGAGUCGAGUUUAUUAAAAAUAAUCGGACCUACAUUGUAAUGGCCAGUCGGGAGGUUAUUUUAUCGGCAGGUUCAAUAGCCAGUCCACAGUUGCUAAUGUUGUCGGGUUUGGGACCCGUCGGACACUUACAGGACAUUGGUAUCCCGAAAAUCUAUGCCGAUCUACCCGGUGUUGGACUCAAUACAUACAAUCAUCUAACCGUACCCAUAGACUUUCCCAUUAGACAUCAAUGGUCAGGUAUGGCCGAACCGGUAGCUACAUUGAAAAAUCUAACCCAACUAUACGAGGUCACUGUAGAGGGUAGGGGUCCAAUGGCACAGGAUCCGCACAGUUUGAUGUAUUGGUCGACGUCGACAACUAACAAUACCAGUGGUAUCAGCACCAGUAGUCUCGCUAGUGAUGAUGAUGAUGACGGCUAUCCCGAUAUCUAUGUGUUGGGUUUUGUUGCACCCCUUGGUACACCUCCACAAAUUGCACGAAACAAACCAACCCCUAGAGCUAACCCGAGGCUAAACCAAUUGAUUGAUCAAUACUCUGGUGAACUCCUGGCCAGCGAUUAUGUAUCACUAUUGCCAACACUGGCCCGUCCGCUAAGUACCGGUACAAUUAGAUUGAGGACCGACCAGAUCCAGGAUCAACCAGUUAUUGAUCCCCGAUUUAUGUCCGCUGCGGGUGAUCGCCGCAGGUUUCGUCAGGCAGUGGCCAAUGUAUACCGAUUUGUUGAGACUACUAGUUUCCGGCGAUACUUGAGUAUACCUACAGUACCUGUACCUCCGUGUAGGUACUGUCCUGAUGGUAGUCCUGUCUACCAGUGCCCAAGUUAUUUGGAUUGUCUGAUUGAUAACUGGGCCGGCAGUCAAUAUCAUCCCGUAGGCGGCUGUCCAAUGGGUGAUCCCCGCCAUAGGGAUACAGUAGUCGACCCCAGAUUGCGUGUCAAAGGUGUCCGCGGACUACGUGUUGUCGACCUAUCCGUCUAUCCCGAGAUGAUUAAUGCCAAUCCAAAUGCCGCGGCAAUGUUGGCCGGGGAGAUGGGCGCCCGAUUCAUACAUGAAGAUAAUAAGCAAUAG